AUGUCGAAACCGUUUCAGAAAAUGGACUUCAACGUUCUGUGCGUUCUUGUUUACGUUUUGUGGAGAAAUCUCGCAAUGGCAGAUGAAACGAGUGAGGAUAUAAGGCCUUACGAAUUUUCGUUCAAUAUCGAGAAUUUCCAGCACAGGUUCGAGAAGAAAGACGUUGAAGGAAUCAUCACCGGAGAAUUCGGAUUCAUAACCGCCGACGGAGUGUAUCACGAAACCGGAUAUGCAACGGACAAGAACGGCGAUUUCAUUAUCACCAGGAUGAGAAACAGGAAGAUCACCAAUCUGAAGGACGCGCUGGAGAUAUUCAAAGACAGACCAGAAACUGCGAAGAAGCUCGUUGAAGCCGUGGCGCGGGCUUGCAGCAGUUGUAAAAUUCCUGUGAAGCAAAACAAAUUGGCCCAAGAAAGGAAUAGAAUACCUGAAAAUUCCAAGGAUUUGUUCAACGAAAGAAGAGGGAAAAGCUUGAUAGAUGCCAUGAUGAACACGAUCAAUGGAGCAAAGAAAUUUUUGAAUACGACUGGAGCUGAUCAGAAUUUUCUUGAAAAAAUGGCGAACGAUCUUUAUUAUCGAUUCAACUACACAAUUACGUCUCAUGGGCAUCAAGAAGACGGGUACAGGGACGGGAAAAAGGACGGCAGUUAUCGAGCACAAAGUGAAAAUGGUGUCGACACCCGGGUGAAGUAUCUGUCGAACGAAUUCGGUCAUCAGCCCAACGUUUCGUUCGUUCCGAGAUCCAAUGGGACGACGGAGCACCAACGUCUCAAGGGAUAUUCUUUUCUUUGGAAUUGGUCGUGA